AUGCAGAUGAAAGUCGUGAUAUUGCUGGCCUGCGCGUUCGCGGCUGUUCUCGCCGAACCGGCGAUCAACGAGGCGCGACAACCUUCCGACAGACCGGGACGAUUCCUCAGCCUACCGGUUGCACAGAAAUGCGCCAACAGACCGAAAGAGUUCAACUUCCGAGGCCACAACUACUUCUUCAGUGGUCACGUUCCCGAGUUCAAAGGCAAACGUGUCGACUGGUUAGAUGCCCGUAACAUGUGCAGAGAAUACUGUAUGGACUUGGUCUCAAUGGAAACACAAGAAGAAAACAAUCUAGUAUUCAGGCUGAUCCAACAAAAUGACGUACCUUACAUAUGGACAAGCGGUCGCCUUUGUGAUUUCAAAGGAUGCGAAGGUCGUAAAGACUUGGAACCCAAAAAUGUCUUCGGUUGGUUCUGGUCUGCAAACCGUGAGAAGAUCCAACCAACCACUCAGGUUCCAAAUGGAUGGGGCUACAACCCGUGGUCUCAAACUGGACACAAAAAACAACGUCAACCAGACAACGCCGAAUUUGACAUCAACGGAACUACUGAAUCUUGUUUGUCUGUAUUAAACAAUGUAUACAACGAUGGUAUCGCAUGGCACGAUGUUGCUUGCUACCACGAGAAACCUUUCAUCUGUGAAGACAGCGAUGAGCUCCUAAACUACAUUGCAGCAACAAAUAGAGGAUUAAGACUCUAAAGCACCACACAUCACAAAAUCCACCAUUUACAUAAGUUCAUUAUUCGACAUUUUAUUAAAACCAGCAAGCUCCAAACAAAGAUUUGAGUUAGUUAUAUUUUCAAAAUACUAUUCA